CAAUUUUUUUUUUUAUUAUAAAAGAAACUCGAAAUUUAUCAGUUUCCGUCAAAAAAUUACCUUAAUUUGUUUAAAUUACAAAUAUUUCACUAUGGAUGACAGCAAUCCUUCACAUAAUAAUUAUACUGAAUCCAAUAAUUUACAAUCAAUUGCUGAUGUUAUUCUACCGGAACAGGAAUAUCCUCUAAAUAUCGCUGCUGCUAAUUCUGACUUUUCCAUGAACGAUAAUAACACGUUUCCAACAUCUCAAACAAAUAAUAAUUACUCCACAUUUAAUGAAAACAUCACAAUUUUGCGAUCCUACCAUCCAAUUGAUUUACAACAAUCAACUGCUGAUGUUAUUCAACCGGAGCAUGACAAUGUUAUCAAUGUUGACUUUUCCAUGAUGAACGAUAAUAGUAUCUCCCCAACAUCUCACAAAAAUAACAAUAAUUUCAAUCAACAACACACGUCUAAUGUGCAAUCCUAUUCUCCUUCGAACACCUCUUCAUAUGCGCAGCAAUAUGGUCACCCGUCAUCGUCGCAACCUAUUGGAAAUACUUUCCCUCCAUUUAAUAAGACAACUAUUAACACUCAACCUGAAAUCUUUAGUUUUGAUAUUCCCGGAUUUAAAAUAAUCAUUGUGCCUAGCUUCUCUCAACGAGAUAAUACUUUUUCGAAUUAUUCUUCCUCGGAUAUUACGGAUAAUCAAUUUACUCAAUUUACCCAAUAA